AGCAGCGCAAGUGCUGGAGGGUCCGCGGGCCAUGCAGCUCCCUGCCCUGCUCCUGCUCCUGCUCCUGCUCCCAGCCCUGCCGGCCCCAGCCGGCACCUCCGACCCCGGCCAGCCCUGCCCGGUGGAGAUGAACAAGGUCAAGGACCUCCUGGAGGUGAACUGCACCGGGCAGGCUCUCAGCGCGGUGCCCCCGGGGCUGCCUGCGGACACGGGCAUCCUGCUCCUGGGCGCCAACCGCCUGGUGUCCGUGUCCAUCGCCUCCUUCCCGCCGCUCCCGCGCCUGCAGGACCUCGACCUGUCCGACAACGGGCUGGAGGCCCUGCGCGCCGGGCCCCCGCUGCCGGCCCUGCGGGAGCUCAUCCUGUCCCGCAACGCGCUGCAGGCGCUGCCCGCGCUGCAGGGGCUGCCGGCGCUCUCCCGCCUGGCCCUGGGGCACAACCGCGUGGCCGCGCUGCCCCCCGGGGCCUUCCGGGCCGUGCCGCGCCUGCAGGACCUGGACCUGCGCGGGAACCGGCUGCGGACCCUGCCCCCGGACGCCUUCGCGGGGCUCGGGGCGCUCAAGGACUUGGACGUCUCCGACAACGCCCUGGAGGAGCUGCCCAGGGAGCUGCUGCAGGACCUGCGGCGCCUCGAGACCCUGUGGCUCUCGGGGAACCGCCUGCGGAGCCUCCCCAGCGGCUUCUUCCCCGAGGGGCAGCUCUUCAUGUACGUGUUCCUCACCGAGAACCCCUGGCACUGCGACUGCCGCCUGCACUACCUGCGGGGCUGGAUCCGGCGCAACGAGGGCAGCGUCUACCAGCCCGAGCGGGGCCUGGAGAAGACAAAGGUGGAGGUGGCCCCCGAGCGGGUGCUGUGCCACAGCCCCCCCGAGCACCAGGGGAAGCCCAUCAUCCACUUCAAGCCCAACUGCGCCAACGUGGGGGACGAAGAGGAGGAGGAGGAGGAGGAGGACUACGGCGACGGGGAAGAAACGGCAGGGAAAGCUGCCAAGGCCGCCGGCUCCCCCCCGCACCCACCCAUCCCCACAGACAGCACCGCCGUGCCCCGUGCUGUUACCGGGCCUCCCCCCGCCACCCCCAGCACUGCACCCUCAGAGCCCAGCGCUCCCAGCACCGCCAGUCCUGCCCCAGCCAGCGCCACCCUCACCCCCACACCGGCCCCCAGCACCGCCACCGCUGCUCCUGCCCGCACCCCGCACCGAGCCACCGCCUCGCUGCCGACCCCCGUGGCGGCCACCGCAACAUUGCCCACCACCCCCGUGGCUCUGCCUGCUCCGGCCGUGCCAGAGGCCUCUUCCCUGGCCACAUCUUCAUCUCCCCGGCUGGUGUCAACCACACCGCUGGUCACCGCCACUCACACCCGGGGCACCGCAGGCUUCACGCAGCCUGCACCUUCCCCUCCGGCUGCGCCCCUGCCCCUGUGUCCCUGCCCCACGGCCGGGCUGGAGGUGCCGGUGCUGCGCUCGUGGGCAGCGGGGGAUGCUCUGCAGGGCGGGCACUGGGUGCUGGAUCACUGCUGCCUCUUGCACUGGGUGCUCUACCUCGCCUGCUUGGCUCUGCUGGCGCUGAGCGCGCUGGCCCUGGCAGCCUGGCUGUGCCUCGUGGGGUGGACCUCCUGGCACAAGUCCCUGCAGAGCCGAGAGGUUCCGUACCUGCUGCUGAGGCGGAGGGAGGCGGCAGGAGGCCCCGUGAGGCCCCUCAGCAGCCCCAAAAGCCUCCUCCAGCACACCCGGUUCUGCACCAUCAAAGAAGUGCAGUUGUACCCGCAGGUCACUUACUGCACGAUUAAAGACCUGGGCACACAGUGCAGUCCUCCGGCAAGUUCCUUCUGCACCACGAAGGAGCUCUGGAUCCACCAGAGCCCUCUGAAGGCUUCAUUCAGGUCCCUCUCCAGGAAGCUCACAGUCACAAACCUCGGCUCCCUGAGGACCCCUCCUGCUUACAGCCUGGACAGGGGCCUGGAGGCCAUCGGUGAGGUGAGAGUCAAAUACGCUGGCAACACCUUGUAAAUGCUUCCUCCCGUUCGGCAAGAGGUGGAGGGUCCCGGCUCUGCUUCAUGGGCCCCUCUUCUACAAGGGCAAGCUCUGCCUGCCCAGGGAAAGGCACCCAGCUCUUCCCUCCAGCGUCA